UUCACCUUUGCGCAGAAACGCUUAAGGAAGUUUGUCCCACAUCGCUCUCCGUCUGCCAUCAGCCUUUUCUGCAGGCGCGAACCGCCCUGGCCUAGGAGACCGCGAUGGCGUUCCUGUGUCAACGCGACUGCUAUGCACGGGAGUUCACCACCACCGUGGUCGCUUGCCGUCCCGCCGAGCUGCAGACGGAGGCCAGCGGCGGCAAGAAAGAAGUGCUGAGCGGUUUCCAAGUGGUUCUGGAAGACACGCUGCUUUUCCCCGAGGGCGGGGGCCAGCCUGAUGACCGUGGUACCAUCAAUGACAUCUCUGUGCUGAGGGUGACCCGUCGUGGAGCCCAGGCUGAUCAUUUCACACAGACGCCUCUAUCCCCUGGGAGCCAAGUCCAGGUCCGGGUGGACUGGGAGCGGAGGUUUGACCACAUGCAGCAACAUUCAGGACAGCAUCUCAUCACGGCAGUUGCUGACCAUCUCUUUGGGCUGAAGACAACAUCGUGGGAGUUAGGGAGACUCCGGAGUGUGAUUGAGUUGGACAGCCCUUCCGUGACUGCCGAGCAGGUAGCUGCCAUUGAGCAGACCGUCAAUCAGAAAAUCAGAGACCGGCUGCCCGUGAGUGUGCGAGAGCUCAGCCUGGACGACCCUGAGGUGGAGCAGGUGAGGGGCCGCGGUUUGCCAGAUGACCAUGCUGGGCCCAUUCGAGUUGUUACCAUCGAGGGCGUUGAUUCUAACAUGUGCUGUGGGACCCACGUGAGCAAUCUCAGUGACCUUCAGGUCAUUAAGAUUCUGGGCACUGAGAAAGGGAAGAGGAAUAAAAGCAACCUGGUGUUUCUGGCUGGGAACCGGGUACUGAAGUGGAUGGAGCGAAGUCACGGAAGUGAAAAGGCCUUGACCGCACUGCUUAAGUGCGGAGCGGAAGAUCACGUGGAAGCGGUGAAAAAGCUCCAGAAUGCUACCAAGCUCCUGCAGAAGAACAACCUGAACCUCCUUAGAGACCUGGCUGUGCACACUGCCCACAGCCUCAGGAACAGCCCAGCCUGGGGAGGUGUGGUCACACUACACAGGAAAGAGGGUGAUUCUGAAUUCAUGAAUAUCAUUGCCAAUGAGAUUGGGUCAGAGGAGACCCUCUUGUUCUUAACUGUGGGGGACGAGAAAGGUGCUGGGCUGUUCUUACUGGCAGGCCCAGCGGAGGCCGUGGAGACCCUAGGGCCCAGGGUGGCUGAAAUCUUGGAAGGCAAAGGAGCAGGGAAGAAAGGCCGCUUCCAGGGCAAGGCCACCAAGAUGAGCCGACGGGCAGAGGUGCAGGCGCUUCUGCAGGACUAUGUCAGCACACAGAGUGCUGAGGAGUGAGGGGCCAAGGUGUCAGUGCCUGUACCGACCACAGCAGUCUCUUGGACAGUAAACUUAUUUGACUCUCAAUGAUUGGGUAC